AUUACAAUUUAACAGUUUGUGGUGUUACCUUGCAUUAUAAACUUAUUAUUUUUACUUAAAGGUAGUUAGAAACAUUAAUUUUUUCAGAACACUUGAAUCGGCAGAACUUCAUUCCUUGCGUUCAAGUUCUAACAGUUUAUUAGACAUACUUAAAGUUUUAUCUGAAGUAAUACAAAAAUUUGAUCUUAAAUCUCCAUCAGCUGACUAUGAUCACUUCUGAAACUCCUCGUCAAAAUACACCGUCUCCAACCGAAAGUCGAGCCAAUUAUGGAUUUGCCUUAUACUUAGCUUCUAAGACCGCAUUCGUUGUUUAUUUGGCAUGGGCAUUCAUACCGAGUCAUUGGUUGGAAUAUAUUGGUCUAACAUACCUACCACAAAAGUACUGGGCAAUUACCAUACCUGUGUGGGUAUGUUGUUUCAUUGUGGUCAUUGCCCUUUUGUACCCAGCUAUUAAUAUGCUGCUUGUUCCACCAAUGAAUGAUCCUCGUAUCUUAACAGAUUCAUAUGCUCGCGAAACAAUCAAUGAAGUCCGUCCUGGAGGUAUACCAACAGUUUCUGAUCUUGAUCUUUCAGAAGUUUGUAAAACAUUAUAUUUAGAUUCUAAAGAUGUAAACUAAGUUAUCAUUAUUAUUAAUUAUUAAUCAAUUAUGUUCUCUGAUUGUUCAAAUAAACAUAAAAAAAGUAUCGGUAAA